AUGGUGAAUGAUGACAUGAAUGAACCUAUUUUAAAGAUGCUAUUCAUAGGAAGAACCCAAUUUAAGGAGGGAGAAACAGUGGAAUAACUUUUUCAAGAGUAUCCUAGAAUCUUGGCCGGAAGGAAAGAGAUUACCAUAAAAAGGAGUAUUAGAAUCUCAAUAUAAGGGUUGAAUUAAAUGAGAAUUAGCAAAUUACAAUAUAGUGAAGGCUCCUCCCUCCUAAUUAAUCCCAAGAUAGAAGUUAUAGAUAAUAAAGUUGAGAAACAUUUUUCAAAUUCUUUUCAAAAUAGAUUUUUUUUAAAUCAGAAUAUUACAAAAGAACCAAUAAGAUUUGAAUAGGAGAAACCUAAUUGA